AUGUCAGAGUCCGAGUUCGACCAACGAUGGUUGGCAGUAGCCUUGCCAUUCAACCUCUGUUUCAAUUUCUCCCGCCUAUCCGAUCAGGGCCCGCCCUUCAUGCGCCCUUUCAAGUAUUUGGUAGCAGCGUUGCUGGAGGCCAAUAAGCCCGAGCAUGAGACCAAUGGUAUCAUCAAUGCCAUCCAAGAGUUCAUGCAAAAUGCCCAGGCCUUCCACCAGCAGCGCGUUUUUGCCAGCCCAGAGGUCCAACGUAGAGGGCGUGAAUGGUUGAGGUCGGUUGGUCGCCGAGCCCACAAAUCGCUUUCUCCCCAGAAAAGGUCCAGCACCACAGAAUCUGCCUCAUACUGA